CGCCGCUUGCUUCCCGACAUGCUCCGCGCAUGCUUCGUGCCGGAGAGACGUCAUGGUGGCGCUUGUCGUUUUCGUGUUGCCGCUGCCGCCGCUGCGCGGCUUCUUGCGGCGCUGCUGGGGGCAGCUGUGGCGGGCCUUCCCCGGCGCCGGUCCGACCUGGGAGCCAGCAUUGGCUGUUCAGGCUCCAGCUGCUCUUCCUGGGCUAGCGGAAGAUGUAGGUGAAAGUAAUGAUGCUCCAAGCUUCUUGGAUAACAUUUUUUGGAUGGCAGCUCCCAAGUCGAGGCGGACCAUUGAGGUAAACCGCUGCAGGAGACGAAACCCCCGUAACCUGAUAAAAAUCAAGACAAAUAUAGAUGUUUGUCCUGUAUGUGGCCAUGUGAAACAGAAGCAUGUCCUUUGUGAACAUUGUUAUGCAAAGGUUGAAAGAGAAACUAGUCUCAUAAGGGCUGAAAUAAAGAAAAUAGAAGGAGGACCAUUUAAUACGCCCACUGUAGAGACUCUAGUCUUGUAUCAAGGAGAGAAACCCAGAGAACAAGAUCAAUGCAAACGGAUCGUUGAAAGAAACAGGAAGCGUCCAUCCUGGUUUCCACUGAACUGAUGCCACAAAACUAUAGAACCUCAUGGUAACAAAACAGUCCAUCCAGCAGGAAAGGAGAUGUUUCCCAAUAAUAUUUUCAUUUUUUAGUUUCUUUAAUGCCCAAAUAGAAACUGUCACCCUUUGAAAUCUGCUUCACGAGCAUUUCCUUUCAUGUUAUAUCAUCAGAGCCAUCAAAAUACAGAAAAUUAGGAACAUGUUGGGGUUGGGAAGACCAUUUUUGUGCAUUAAGUACUAUAUAUUGCUGUAAUGCUGUCUUGAUGUUUUUGCAAAUUUAAGUUGUCAUUUUUAUGACCAUGAAACAACAUAAAAACAUACGUGUAAAAUAAAGUAUAUAUAGCUCUAUAGCAAGA